UUAUAGGCGCACCAGUGAUUACUGAAACACCCCCACCGAUUUACCUACCGUUCAAAUUUUUCAAAGCCCUUCGUCUCUCUCAAAUCGCCAAGCAUCUCAUACCAACUCAAGAUCCAAUCCCUGCACGAAGCUUCGUUCCAGCCUCCGGCUCAAGGGCAUAGCUAUGGGUUUGGCAUCCGCUAGUACUGCCACUACUGCCCCAGAAGCUAUGCAAUUGUGCAUAUUUGAUUUGCGGAGGGGUCAAAACGAAGGCCAAGAGUUGGAUAAGAUACUGUUUUUCUAUCCUGCUGAUUUGCCUUUCUCAGCUCAGUUCUCUGUGAUUGGGCUCAGUGAAGGACUCAUCACAUUUACCAGAAUCUUCUCUCCGGAGGCGGCUUGUGAGGCCAUAGAAGCAGAUAGGCAUUCACAUGUUUUUUACGAGGCCGAACCCGAUAUCUGGAUGGUUAUGGUAGUGGAGAAAAGCAUGGAGUACGAAGCGAAAUGGAGAACUGAUGCAUUAAGAAGGGUUCUGAAGGAAGUGCAUUCUCUUUUUGUAAUGUUUCAUGGUUCUGUAAGAGCGAUGCUUGAUAAAGACCCGGGGGGAGUGCUAGCUAGAUCUCAUUUGUACUCUUUCGUCAUGGAUUAUCUUGGUGCAUUUGAAAAGCGGUCUCCAUUCGAUGAGUGCUGCUGGGUUUUGCUCUCUGAGGCAGAUUUUAUUGUGGGGAAGAAGCUACUGAUGCCAUCAUUCCGUGACUCUUUAAAGGAGCGUGGAACUGUGCAGAUGCUUACUGUAGGGCGGGAAGCCGCAAUUGAAGUUCAGUCGCUUGUCAGGGUACUUGAAUCUAGUGCUGGGAACUUGCCCUGUCAUUCACUAAUCUUGUUUCAGGACCUGUUGGUAUCCACAACACUUUCUCCUGAUGACACCGUAAACCUAUUUGCAUAUGCUGUUUUAAGGUUGACGCCUCAUGUUUUGUCCUCUGGAGCAAGUUCCUGGUCUUAUUUACGGAAAGGAGCUACAUCUAACGUUUCCUCAAGUUCUAUCUUGUCCCAUUCUGGUGCUGUUCCAGAACAGUAUCAUGGCUCACACAACAAUUCUUCUGCUGGAGACAACAGUUCUCGCGUCAUACGGCCGUUGAAGCUGGACAAGUGGUCCAAAGGGAAGGAUGGUUUUCUUGCCACUGAUAUUUGGGGUGCAGAGCCUAGUACUGGGGUGUCGGCCACUCCAACAGUAUUUCUCCAUCAGUCAGAGGAAAGGAUGUAUCUCUGUGCCCAUCAGCAUAAAAGCCUCACCUUAAUUUUUCUCAUUCCUGUUUCUUCAGUACUAAAUGGGGAGCAAGGUCUUUCUACAGUGAAGCAGCAAGUUCUUGAGAAUGUAUCCCUUAAGCUGUUGAAAGUUGAAGAAAAACUAUCAAAAGGAUGGGGUGGUGAGAACGCGUAUCAUGUUAGUGGAUAUCGGUAUUUACUAGUGGAUGGAGACAGAAAUGUAUCCAGGGCUUCUCCACCAGGAAAGGUCACUACCCUUAGUAAGGAGUCCUUACUUGCCUUAAGUAAGCUUAGAGAAGAAGUUGAUAGAGAAAAGAGUAGAGCACAGUGGGAUAGUGCUGGUCAUGAAAAAGAGUUGGAAGUUAGCAUCAGGGCGAAAAACAAUGCUUGGGUUAUUGCUCGGGUAACAAGAGGGAAGGAGCUUUACAUGGUUCUGGAAAAAGCCAAUGAAACACUUCUUUACGCCUCCGAUGCUGUUGAGAAGUUCAGCAACAGGUACUGCAGCGGAGCUUUCUCGUUGAAUUAGGGAAAAUUUCUUGGAUUAUGAUAUCUGUACAAACAUCAUACAUGUUGGACUGAGAAAAGCAAUGUCAUAUUUCCUGCCUCUCAGCUCCCACAAGCAAUGUCGGGCCGCGUCCUGUAGAUUUCUGUGGAAUUAGUUGCAAGGAGAAAAUAAAUAUUCAUUUAUCAUCACUGUGUCGAUAUUUUUGUAUUGUACAUUUAUAAGUUUUUUAUUAGUAUUAGUUGGGAUUAAGUUUUUGAUGCUG